CCACGCCCAGCUAAGCCACACCCCCAGCAGCACGUUGCCAUUAAUCCAGUGACUCAAGAUGGCCUAUAGAGCACAGAAAGUUCAGAAAGUGAUGGUCCAGCCAAUAAAUUUAAUAUUUAGGUACCUGCAGAAUAAAAGUAGAGUUCAGGUUUGGCUGUAUGGUAGACAGAACAUGAGAAUAGAGGGAGUUAUUACUGGAUUUGAUGAGUUUAUGAAUUUGGUUAUGUCUGACGCUGAAGAAGUGUAUUUAAAAACGGAAACAAGAAAGAGAAUUGGACGUAUUCUGUUAAGAGGAGAUAAUGUGACAUUGAUAAUGCAAGCUCAGCAAUCUUCUAGUUAAAAACUGCAAGCAACAACACUAUAACUGUUACACAAUACAUGUCCAUUAUUAUUAUCGUUGUUGUUGUUAUUAUUAUCGUUGUUGUUAUUAUUAUUGUUAUUGUUGUUAACUCUCCUUAUUCCUUCUGUCUUAGACAAUAAUUUUUAAAAAUGGUA